AAAUGUCAAAUUGUUAUAACUCCACUUUGUAGGAAUUUCUUAUUUUUGUUUUAUUUGAUAAACCUUAUAAAUUAGCAAUCAAUUCAUAAUACAGUAAAGAAAAGUAAGAGAUGUAAUCAGCUUUAUUACUGUGUUUAUUUCAAUAUAACAAAGUAUAACUAUAGAUAAGUGGUUAGGACGUAUACCAUUUUACCAAGCUUCUUCAAAUUUUCCUUGAGAGUUCUGUUAACUUCGCCAAUUUGAACAGUAGACUACAGUUAUAUAAAAAAUGUCCGGUAGAAGAAAGCCGCCGCCGCCGGGCUUCAGUUUUAAACCAGCUGAAGAACAAGUUAAUGUAACACCUCCAAGGAAUCUUGAUAAGCAAACAACAAUCACAGUAGAAGACAAGACUUUCACUGUGCAUGCUGAUGACUUGGUGAAGUUAUGUGACCUUGGCCGAGGAGCAUAUGGCAUUGUGGAGAAAAUGCACCAUAAACCAAGUAACACUAUAAUGGCAGUUAAGAGAAUUACAGCAACUUUUAAUGCUCAGUCACAAGAAUUGAAGCGCUUAUUGAUGGAUCUUGAUGUUUCAAUGAGAGCCAGCGCAUGUCCCUACACAGUUCACUUUUACGGAGCCAUGUUUAGAGAAGGGGAUGUUUGGAUCUGUAUGGAGGUUAUGGAUAUGAGCCUUGAUAAGUUUUAUGCGAAAGCGUAUGCCAAUAAUAGAACAUUACCAGAGAAUAUUCUUGGAAAAAUUGCGUUUUCUGUAGUAAGUGCCUUGCAUUACUUGUAUUCAGAGCUAAGAGUUAUACAUAGAGAUGUGAAACCAUCCAAUAUACUUAUUAACAGAAAGGGGGAGGUGAAGAUGUGUGACUUUGGCAUAUCUGGUUACCUUGUGGACUCUAUAGCUAAGACUAUAGAUGCCGGUUGUAAGCCAUAUAUGGCUCCGGAGAGAAUCGACCCUAGUGGCAACCCAGGGCAGUAUGAUAUUCGUAGCGAUGUUUGGUCCCUAGGUAUAUCUAUGAUAGAGUUAGCAACCGGAAAAUACCCAUAUAACACAUGGUGUACUCCAUUCGAGCAGUUGAAACAAGUUGUCAAAGAUGACCCACCGAAGUUGCCGAGUGGAUCAUUUUCAUCAGAAUUUGAGGAUAUGGUGACAAGAUGUCUUAAGAAGGACUUUAAACAAAGACCAAAUUAUGAUGCCCUGCUAUCACAUCCAUUUUGUCUAGAGCAUAGUAAAAAGGAGACCGAUGUUGCUUCCUUUGUUCAAGAAAUCCUUGACUUACCGAGUCCCAGUGGCGAUUGUUAAUUAGAAAUGUUUAAUUUACCUAUAAGUACAAGUUUUUAGUAACUAACAAUAAUGUAGGAUAUUAACUGAGCGAAUGAGAAAUUCAACAUAUUAACAUUAAUUUUUAAAGUUGUAACACAAUUUGUGUGAUGUGAGUUACUUCCAGUCAUUUUAACAUACUUUCGAUAUAUGCAAGAGAUAUGAAAGAAAUAAAAAAUUGAUUUAACAUUGAUCAUAAGUCAGGAGUGUGAAAUACCAGUCAUCAAUCAUCUACUUUGCAUAAAAACAUAAAAAUGGAAUAAUAUGUGUAGUUUUUGACAAGUAUGUAAGUAAUUUUGACGUUAUUGUUUGCCGAGAUAGACUGAUGUUACUGUACAUCACUUGUAAUGGUUCAAACUUGAGGCCUUGUAGUGUAAAGCCUAAGUAAUGUUGACUUGUCAUCUUAUAUAGCAAUAUUUUAUAUUAUUAUACAUCACAAGUUAUUAGUCAGAAUAAAAUAUUUGUUUACAA